AUGAAAAGCCCAAAAUCUGCACUGUUAGGUAGUAAAUCUAGAUUUUUGAAAAUCUUCACCAAAGUUAUUAAUGAAGAUCCAAGAAAUAGGACAAUUAGUCGUAGACAACUUUCUGCUUUAUCACCGACAAAACCUCAUUUUCCAAACGUACCAGAAGUUGAAGACGAAGGUUUUUUCACAGUUGAAGAUUUAACUCCCAAGAUAGCCGCGUAUAUACUUGUGUUUGUGGAUUUUAAGACAUUAUGUAGAAUGUCAAGAGUUUCUCGUGCAUGGUAUUGUAUUUCUCGAGACAACGAAAUAUGGCGUGGCAUGUAUGCGUUAAAUGAGGGAUGGAAACACAAUGUGCCACGCGAAGUUACUCUUGCAGGUGAAGUUGACUGGAAGCAUAUGUAUAAAAAUCGAUAUACACUUGCAUUACGAUGGAAAAAGGGUGAAUGUGAAAAACGAUAUCUUAAAGGACAUUUAGAUAGUGUAUAUUGCAUUCAAUUCGAUGAACAAAAGAUUGUGACUGGAUCUCGUGACAAAACCAUUAAAUUUUGGGACAUUAACACUGGGAAUUGUUUCCAGACGUUAUAUGGACAUGAUCUUUCAGUCUUAUGUUUACAAUAUAAUAAUUAUAUCAUGGUUUCAGGAUCGAGCGAUAUGACAAUUAUAGUGUGGGAUAUGUCAAAUUAUAACCAAAAUGUGCCUCAAUUGAUGCGGUUGGAAGGACAUUGUGCUGGUGUAUUAGACAUUUGUUUUGAUGGUUAUCACAUAGUCUCUUGCUCAAAAGAUAGUACGAUUAAAGUUUGGGAUGUACAAACGGGCGAAUGUCUUCGUACUUUAGUCGGUCAUCGAGGUCCAGUUAAUGCUGUUCAACUUAAGGAUAAUAGAAUCAUUUCAGCCUCAGGUGAUGCCUUAAUUAAACUUUGGGAUUUAGAGAAGGGAACGUGUAUUAGAGAUUUUGUUGGGCAUACACGUGGGUUGGCAUGUGUUCAAUUUGAUGGAAAAUACGUUGUUUCAGGAUCUAACGAUAGAACUAUUAAGAUAUGGGAUGUUGAAACAGCACAAUGUAUUCGAACUCUUGAUGGACAUACUGAUUUAGUUAGAACGUUACAUUUUGACAAUGACAAAAUUGUCAGUGGAAGUUAUGAUCAGACUGUUAAAGUUUGGGAUUUAAAAUCUGGGAAACAAUUGCUUGAUUUCCACGAAGGUCAUACAAGUUGGGUAUUUGACGUCCAGUUUAGUUUAACAAAAAUCGUUAGUUCAAGCCAAGAUCAAAAAAUACUGGUGAUGGAUUUCGCUGAUGAUUUGGACACAAGAUACGUUAUUUAA